AUGACAGUUGCCCAGUAUGCAACAAAGUUUGAAGAGAUGUCCCGAUAUGCUCCGACUUUGAUAUCAGAGGAUAGUGACCGAGCAAGAAAAUUUGAAAAUGGACUCAGGGGACGGAUUCAACAAGUCACUGCUUUUGAAUUGUCUAGUUAUAAAGAUGUGGUUAACAAAGCCCUGGUGAUAGAAAAAGGGCUUGACAAUGCCCAAGCUGCCAGAGAAAAGAAUAUGAAGAAAAAGUUUCGACCCACUGAUUCUCCGAGCCAAAAUAGUAGAUCCUUCAAGUCGAAGGAUCAGAGAUGGAAUCAAGUUGUCACCAGAGAUAAAGGUCAAGCCCGAGGUGCCAUUAGAUGCUACAAAUGUGGAGGACCUCAUCUCAAGCGAGAUUGCACUUGGGUUGGAGGGACAUGUUUUUCUUGUGGACAAGAAGGGCAUAAGGCUAUUGUUUGUCCUAAUGGAAAAGAACCGCAGAGGCGACAGGCAUCACAGUCCUCUCAGAGAGCCCCUAUAAACCGAGCACCUCAGGAAGGACAGCAGCAAGAGGGAGGGCAGCAGAGGCCUAGGACCCAAGGGCGGGUCUAUGCACUCACGGAGCAGGAUGCCAAGACUUCUAAUUCAGUGGUGACAGGAAUGAUUAGAUUAUUGUCUUAUGAUGUGAAUAUUUUAUUUGACUCUGGUGCUACCCACUCCUUCAUAUCGGCCAAUUUUGUUAGAAAGAAUAAUGAAAUAUCACCUGUGCUAUUAGAAUUUGAUCUCUGUGUCUCAAUGUCAAGUGGAGAUGUUAUAUUAGUUAAUUCAGUUUGCAAGAACUGUAUUUUGGACAUUAAGGAUAGGAAAAUGAAUGCAGACUUGCCGGUCCUAGAGAUGAAUGAUUUUGAUUUGAUCCUUGGAAUGGACUGGUUGGUAGCAUACCAUGCUACUGUUGAUUGUUUUGAGAAAGCGAUCAAGUUUCAAAUUUCUGGUCAGCCAGUGUUUGGUUUGGUGGGUAGCAAGUCACCUCAUCGAAUAAAGUUAAUCUCCUCUCUACAGGCUAAGAAGCUUCUCGCAAAAGAUGAAUUGCCAGAAUUACCCCCUGAUAGGAAGAUUGAAUUCUCCAUCGACUUGAUUACUGGCACUGGUCCAAUUUCAAAAGCUCCAUAUCGAAUGGCUCCAGCUGAAUUGAAAGAGCUGAAGGAACAACUACAGGAGUUACUGGAUAAGGGUUUUUUCAGACCUAGUGUUUCUCCUUGGGGCGUUCUUGUAUUAUUUGUGAAAAGUAAAGAUGGUAGCCUCCGACUCUGUAUAGACUACCGAGAAUUAAAUAGGGUGACAAUACGGAAUAAAUACCCACUACCAAGGAUUGAUGACUUGUUUGAUCAGCUACAAGGGGCUCAGGUUUUCUCGAAGAUUGAUCUUCGUUUUGGCUAUCACCAAUUGAAAAUAAAGGCAGAGGAUGUGCCCAAGACAGCUUUCAGGACCAGAUAUGGGCAUUAUGAAUUUUUGGUCAUGCCUUUUGGUUUGACAAAUGCACCGGCUGCCUUCAUGGAUCUCAUGAAUCGGAUAUUUAAACCUUAUCUGGAUCAGUUUGUAGUAGUGUUCAUUGAUGAUAUUUUGGCGCAUUCAAAGAGCUCACAGGAACAUGAAGAACAUCUAAGGAUAGUAUUGCAAACUCUUAGAGAAAAGAAGCUUUAUGCUAAGCUAUCAAAGUGUGAGUUCUGGUUGGAUAGUAUUUUCUUUCUCGGGCAUGUAAUCUCCAAGGAAGGUGUCUCUGUUGAUCUAAUGAAAGUGGAGGCAGUAGUUGGAUGGAGUAGACCUACCAAUGUAAUUGAAGUGCGUAGCUUUUUAGAAUUGGUUGGAUAUUACAGAAGAUUUGUUGAGGAAUUCUUCCGUAUUGCCAUGCCUCUAAGUCGCUUGACUCAGAAGCAAGUAAAGUUUGAAUGGACAGAUGACUGUGAACAGAGUUUCCAAGAGCUGAAAAAGCGUCUGGUGACAGCCCCAGUGCUAGCUAUUCCAUCUGGAACAGAAGGCUUCACCAUCUACAGUGAUGCAUCUCGUAAAGGACUUGGGUGUGUUCUGAUGCAGAAUGGAAAGGUGAUAGCUUAUGCCUCUAGACAGUUAAAGUCAUAUGAACAGAAUUACCCUACACAUGAUUUGGAGUUGGCAGCGGUGGUUUUUGCUUUGAAGAUAUGGAGGCAUUACUUGUAUGGAGAACACUGUGACGUUUUCACAGACCAUAAGAGUUUGAAAUAUAUCUUCACACAAAAGGAGUUGAAUUUGAAGCAAAGAAGAGAUACUAGAUUUGUGUCACAAUUUUGGAAGAGCCUUCAUAAAGCCCUUGGUACAAAACUGGACUUCAGUACAGCUUUUCAUCUACAAAUUGAUGGACAGUCGGAGCGCACUAUUCAGAUCUUGGAGGAUAUGUUAAGGGCUUGUGUCAUGGAUUUGGGUGGUGCUUGGGAUAGUUAUUUGUCGCUGGUUGAGUUUGCCUACAAUAAUAGUUAUCAGGCCAGUAUUCAGAUGGCUCCUUUUGAGGCAUCGAAUGGCAGAAAAUGCCGAUCUCCAAUUUGUUGGGAUGAUGUGGGAGAAAGAAAAUUAUUGGGUCCAGAGAUAGUACAGCAAACUGUGGAUAUGAUACUGGUGAUUAGAGAAUGGCUCCUUAUAGCUCAGAGUAGACAAAAGAGUUAUGCUGACAAUAGGAGAAGAGAACUGGAGUUUUAG